CGUUAGUUUCCUCUCCUCACUCUGAUCCACCGCACUGAACUCCACCCGACAGGAGCAGAAACCAGCAGUCAUGAAACAGAAAGUGCUACAUACCCAGGAGAACUUCCAGGCUUGUCCAUCUUCAGGGAAGCAGGGGAUCCAGUGCUUAAGAUGUGGGGCAUCAUGUAAAGGAGAGGUGCUGCGAGUCCAGAACAGCUACUUUCAUAUUAAAUGCUUCACAUGCAAGGUGUGUGGCUGCGACUUGGCUCAGACUGGCUUCUUCAUGAGGAAUGGGGACUACCUCUGCCCGCUGGACUUCCAGCGGCUUUACGGCACACUUUGCAACAAUUGUGGGGAAUUUGUGGAGGGGGAAGUGGUUACAGUUUUGGGGAAGACCUACCACCCAGCCUGCUUUGUGUGCACUGUUUGCAAACAGACUUUUCCUACUGGGGACUGUGUUACCUUCAGAGGAAGAGACUGCCUCUGCCAACGCUGUAUUGAACCUGUGUCUCCUUCCAGUCACAUCUGUUAUCCAAAAAGUUGUGCUGGCUGUGGUAGAGAGAUCAAGAAUGGCCAAGCUCUGUUAGCUCUGGAUAGCCAGUGGCACCUUGGUUGUUUCAAGUGUAACACCUGUAGGAAGGUCCUGAGUGGAGAAUACAUCAGCAAAGAUGGAGUUCCCUACUGUGAGAGAGAUUACCAGACUCAGUUUGGAGUGAAAUGUGAGGCAUGUCAGAAGUUCAUAACUGGAAAAGUCCUUGAGGCUGGGGACAGACAUUAUCACCCCAGCUGUGCAAGAUGCAGUCGAUGUAGCAAAAUGUUCACAGAAGGAGAAGAAAUGUUUGUUCAAGGAUCAACAGUCUGGCACCCAAAGUGUAAAGACAACAGCAGAGCUGAGGAUAGUUACGGGGUCAGCAGACCAAAAACACCCUGUCUUGAUUACUUUUUCCCCCCACAUGAGCUGAAGCCCAACAGAUCAUCAUCUGAAAGCUCCUGUUCCAGGCCGGGUUCAUGCACUCCAGGCAGCCCUGGUCGAACUAUUUGUGCAAAAGUAGAUAAUGAGAUCAUUGAUUACAGAGACUUAGCAGCAAUUCCCAGAGUCAAGGCUAUAUAUGAUAUAGAGCAUCCUGAUAUGAUAUCUUAUAAGUCUGUGAACAACUCCUCUUUGGACGACAAAGGCAGCAGACAGGACAGGCAGAGCCUCACUGAGUCACCACGAAAUAUAUCUAAUACCACAGAGGAGAGUUUGGAAAUGAAAUCACCUGUGCCAAAAUCAGCAAGUCAAGGAUCUUUUGGAGGUCACAAUAUUUACAAUCGCCACAGCUACACUCCGACUUUGCCCAGAUCACCACAACACUUCCAUCGACCAGGGUUGGUGCUUUCUUCCCCUUUACUUCCCGGAAACAAAAAUGACACCUGCCCCAGUUCUCCUUUAAUUCACCACUUUGUCUCUCAAACCAAAGAUGAAGGCUUCAACAUGUACAGGAGACCUCCAAUUUAUAAACAAGAUCCAAAUUCCUUCACAUCCAAAACCGCCUCUUUGCCCAGAUAUGGUCACAACUUCCUGAAUCUGCCUCGGUCAGCAGACUUCUCCCACUGCAACAGUGACAAAUUCAAUUUCAAGCUCAUCCAUGACAACCAUCUUCUGCUAACACAAAUGGACAGAGGAGUGUCAAUGCCUAAUUUGCUGGAACCAAAAAUCUACCCAUAUGAAAUGCUCAUUGUUCCUAGUACAGGACGAGUGAAGCUUCCCAAAGAUGUCGACAGAACAAGACUUGAGCGUCAUCUGUCCCCUGAUUCAUUCUUCAAGAUCUUUGGCAUGAAUAUCCAAGAAUUUGACCGACUUCCACUUUGGAAACGUAAUGACAUGAAGAAGAAGACAAAUCUCUUCUAAAUACUACUGAAUGCAUGAUUUACUUCUCUGUUAAUAAACAGUGUUCUGAUUAAUUGUAUCUGGAACAAUGAUGAUAAAUAAUGAUAAGUUUCCUGAGAACAGGUAAACUCAGCUUGAAUUGAAAGAUUUGUUUUUCUCUGGAAUAAUGUUCACAUUGAACAAUUUAGCUGAAUGUAUUUUAGAAAAGAGAUUAAAAUGCAUGGAAUUAAUUCUUUGAGGCGUUACUGUUACUGUUUCUGGUGGAGAUGGAAACCAGGGGGGGUCAUGCUUGCACUGGCCUCAACAUGAUCCUCCCAGACGGAUCUUAUUUGCUUCCCUUGAAGUGUACAUAUCAAGUGGUUUUACUACUUUUGUUUGUUUUGUUACUUGCUUUAGUAUUUCAUUAAGAAAUAAGUCAUCAAAAUCUUGUUUAUGGUCACUGGCAACAACAACAAAGUGAAGUUUAAUGUCAAGCACUGAAAAUAUGACACAUAUAACAAAAAUGUAAGUGUAUUCUGCCAUUUGUGUCUCAUGUUAGCUCUUUUAGAUCACCAGUGCACCAUUUUUUUUAGUAAUAGAUAAAGCUUCAACGGAUGGAUUGGAUGUUACUUUGAUGUGUUUUUGUAACAGAACUUAUUUUAUGUCCUGGAUUCAUGUUAACAUAUAUUAGAAUCAAAUUGAGAACGUAGUUUAGAAAUUUAAAUGAAUUAUCACUGGUAUAUUUUAAUGUAUUACUGAAAGAAUAAUUAUGCUGACUUAGUGAUUGUUUGUGUCAUGUUUUACCUUGAAUAAGCUCUGAUAAAUGAUAAAUAUGUACUUGACACUGCUGCUUCACCACCACCACCUCAAGCGCCCUAAAUAAAAGAUUGCACUUAUUACUUGAACGAAUACCUUGAUUUUCACUGAGGGAUAAAUGAAACACACAUUUCUCCUGGUCUGGAGCAUAAACUUGGACAUUCUCGCUCAGG